AUGGCGGCGCCGGGAUCUACUGGGAAGGCAUCAUCCCAGCCCUCCACCAUCACUAAGCAGAAGCAGCAGGUGACAAAUUUGGAGGAAAUAUCUGUCUAGCUACAGGAUGACAUGACCUAUGAGAGGGAUGAACUGGGUCUAAUCCUGGAUCUUUAUAUUGACAAGGAUUUGAACAACAGGCUGAAUUUUGAAUUCAAGAUAUUGAAAAUGCAAUAUCAGAAGGUGAUGUCAGAGCUACGGACAUUGCCCAAGGAGUUAAGUGAGGCCUUGCUGAGAUGCAAGAAGCUGACUGAGGAGACCAAAUCCUGCCAGCGAUUCAGCAUUUGGUUGUGGUUCAGCAUUUGUCACAGCCAGCUUCUUAGUGAGUGGACUCAGCUGAAGCAUGAAGUGAACACGUUGAGGAAGGAGAACAGAACACUGCUGAGGAAACAAAUUGCUCUGCAACAGUGCUGUGGGGAGGCAAAGAGGGUCUGUGAGGCCAGUGAGAAGAUCAAUGGCCACUGUGCUAAGCAGCAACAGGUGGGUUGA